AUGGACACUCUUAUCAUUCCUAUCGCAUCCUGUUGCCAAGCUCACCUCCUACUCCUUCCCCCCCGGACCGGUAGGUGUUAUCCAAACCCCAUUGGUCUGCCGCAGAUUGCCUCCGCUUCCCGCUCAAAGCAGGCACUACUCAACUACACUAACGAUCACAAAAUGGCAGAUGCAUCUUUCCUGAUCAAGCAAAAACUGAGCCUACCUCCAAUAGAUCGCCUCAGCUCCACUGAUCAAUGCCUGCAGUGGCUGGAGGAUUUAUUCCAGCUAAAGCUGCGUACAAUGACAGCCAGACCCACAAUCCAGGAGGGAGCCAGGAGAGGAAAGAAUCAGAAGGUGGGAAAGUCACCUCCAAGCCUCAAUCCUCUAAAGACACUUCCUCGGCUAACCCCUCUUCAAUUUGGAUGGAGAAUCAGCAGUGGCCUGGCCUCGAAGGUGCAACAGACUGACCUCAGACGGCGGCGACUUAUGCCCCGAAUAUCAAGCUGCCCCCAGAGGAAGAGAGACUUAGCACACAAACGCCACCAAGUACGAGGAGAAGUAAAAUUGGCACAUAAGCGAGUUUUGGAAUGGUAG